CCGCACAAGCAUGGCAUCGGGGGCUGCGACUGCUACUGUGUUUUACAAAGCGAUUGAGAAAGUUCUAAAAGGUUGGACUGCAUUUCAGCUUGCAGUAAGUCAUGGGUUUGGUGGUGCACACACACAGGAGAAGGCAGUAUGGUUGGUUGGUGCUGUGGAACAGUGGUUUACUGAGAAUGAUGACAUAGAACCAUGGGAAUUGUCAGACUUCUUUGAAGACAUUAUGAGCACUGAAUUUGACACAGUGAUUGAUGACAACAGCUUACUUGUGGUUUCAAAAGCAAUAUGCCAAUUCUACGCCCUCUGCAAGCAAGGGAAAGAGGCAGAGGUUUUAGCAGAUGUUGAAAAGAUACCGACUGCUUCUCUGCAAAACUGUGUGGUGGCCCAGGAUGAGGAUGAGGAUGAUGAUGAUGAGGAGGAGGAGGAGGUACCCCGUCUAUCCCAGGGUGGUGCCAGCAGAUUACAGCCAGAACCCAUGGACCACCAGUCUGCUACAGAGGGAGCCACUGGCUGUGAUAAUACUACCACCGAGAACAGUGACACAAAGACGGAAGACCAGUCCAGUUCACAAGAUGCAGAAAUGGAGGAGGAAUGGACUACAGUUACAUCAAAGAAAAAGAAAAGGAGAUAGCAAAUGCUUCAAUUUUUUAAAUCCUAAGCUAUCUUUUCUUUUACAAAAUCUCAGUUUAAUUGGAGUUCUCCAAAUGGAAGAUAUUUUGGUGUCCUGAAAGCCUGUGUAAAAUCACACAGAUUGUUGAUAUCGCCUAUCAGCAUUGCAGCAGUGAUGGAUUAGUUGUUCAUAGACAAGCUGGUUUGACCCAAAAAAAAAUUUCUGAAGGAAAAAUUCAGGGAUGUCAGUUAAUUCCUAACAGAAGAAUCCACUAGUGACUAGAAUGAGAGCUUUGUUUGGUUAGAAAGGCCCUAGUGCAGAUGUGGUCUGUAUUUGCUCUUUGUGCAAUAUUAAGGCAGAUAUGAAAAGGAUAUUUCAUCAAGUAAUAAUAUUUUCAUUUCAGAUAUUGGAUUAAAUUGGACUACAGUAUCUUGAACUGACAAAAUCAGUAGUGUUAUAUGUUUUUAUAACUAUUGUCACUUUUUGUUUUAAGGAAAAUGAGUAGAAAAAGAACAUCAAGAAGUCAAAACCUGAAUUUAAUGUCAAAUAUUUAUUUUGUUGUCACUUUUACCAGCUUAAAAUUUACAUACAUAUGUUACAUACACAAUAAAGAGUAGCAACUUGCUACUAAUUAAAUACUUUGAA